ACAGAUUUCAGUUCCCACAAAUUACUUGCUCAGUUCAUCUUCAUAUUCUGUAUAAAAAGCAGCAAAGAGAAUACAGUUUCUUUUAAAACUUUCAAGUUUCAAGGAAGAUCAGAAAAUGGCCGAGAAGAACCAGCAGACGUAUUCAUCAGCAAAUGGCUACUCCAGAACUACUGACCCAGAAUCAUCUCCCUUCCAAUCCGAUGAGGAGCUCAAACGCCAGAAGAGAAUCAAAUUGUUCACCUACAUUGGUAUUUUCAUUGUCUUUCAAAUCAUAGUGAUGACCGUAUUUGGUCUCACAGUGAUGAAAGUUAAGACCCCGAAAGCCAGAUGGGGCGAAAUCAGUGUUGAAACCCUCAACUCUGUCCCUGCAACGCCUUCGUUCGAUACAACCUUCGAAACCCAGAUAAGGAUCAAGAACACAAACUGGGGUCCUUACAAAUUUGAUGCAGGCACUGCCACAUUUUUGUACCAAGGCGUGACUAUUGGGAAAGUUGAUAUUCCUAAGAGCAAGGCCGGAAUGCGUUCCACCAAGAAAAUAGAUGUUGAGGUGAGUUUGGAUACUAAUGCAUUACCAAGCAGUUCGACUCUUGGAAGUGAAUUGAGCAGCGGGGUGUUGACGCUAACUAGCCAAGUUCAAUUGAAAGGAAAAGUUGAAUUGAUGCUCAUAAUGAAGAAAAAUAAGAAUGCUUCUAUGGAUUGCACCAUAGCAUUUGAUCUGGCAUCAAAGACGGUCAAAAGCUUAGAAUGCAAGUGAUCAUCAUCCACAAGACAAGUAAAUACAGGAGGGUAGAGCCAUUUACGCUGUAUCUUCAGAUAGGAUUUGGAUUGUGAAAUGAUGAAGACUAGUUCAUUUGCAUUCUUUUAUUCAUUUUGUGUGAUGCUUAAUUGGAUUAAGUUGUUGCUGGGUCGAUUAUAAUGAUAUCUUUCUGAGUUUCUAAGUA